AUGGCAUUAGACUCCCAAACUACAAAAGAAAUUAAAGAUGAUUGGGGAAAUCUAAACUUCCUUAAUCAUUUUGACUCCUCCUGCCGAGUUAAGUUAUCUCAACUGGACAGCAAAGUAACUAAUGCUGAGAAGCAUGUUGACCUACUUGAAGCUCAAGUCCAAAGAAUUCUUCGUCAACAAGCACAUCAGCAUCAAGCUCUGUCAUCGACUCAACAGUCAUCGGCUGCUAACGAAUAA